AUGUCUUGCUGCUGUCCACCAUCCUGUGCCACCCCAUCUUGCCCCAAGCCUUGCUGCCCCAAGCCUUGUUGCCCCCCAUGCUGCCCCCCAUGUGGCUACCCAACAGGCGGUCUGGGUUCACUGAGUUGCUGCCCCAGUCCAUGCUGCCCCCCUUCGUGCUGCGGUAGCUCGACACCGGCACGUUGCCUUGGCAUCACCAGUGGGGCCAGCGUCUCCUGCAUCAACCAGAUCCCACCAUCCGAAGUCACCAUACAGCCACCUCCUUGUACCGUUGUGGUCCCAGGGCCAGUGCUGGCUGCUUCCUGUGAGCCUCUCCGUGUGGGAGGCUACACAGCCUGUGGCGGCUGCCCCCCCUGUGGUUGCAUCUGUUAAGCUGGAAAGGGGAGCUUCACACGAACGGGAAUGAAACGGCUACCUGAAAAGUAUGGAACGGAUUG